AAUUUUGAAAAAAAAGACCAUCAUACUUUUGCGGCAUCCCAACGAUUGAAGUGUUCUCUAAGGCUUAUAGUUCCAGUCAGCAUGUCUUAUCCAUCCAUUGCGCAACAAGAUGGCAUGCCUCAUAGUACUGCCAGCCGACCUGCACAUUCCCUGUCUCUCAGGGCAAGUACUUCGUUGAGAAACACAAGCAAUGGCCUCUGGGAUAUUCUUAACGAUCUCUGGCAUCCGGAGAGCAACCCUCACGGCUAUGUCACACUCGGGGUUGCAGACAAUGCACUGAUGCAAGAACAUCUGCUACAUCGCGUGAACAGCAAUUUUGAUCUUCCAGAACAGCACCUUUUAUUGAACGACACCAUCACAGGGUCUGUUCGGCUGAAAACUGCCAUCGCUCGCUUUCUCACUCGUUAUCUCAGUCCAUCAAAAGCGCUCAAGCCAUCGCAGAUCGUUGCCACCAAUGGGGUUUCAUCUGCAACCGAGCACUGCUCCUGGGCUUUGUGUGAUCCAGGUGAAGGGAUGCUGGCAGGGCGCCCAUAUUAUCGAGGUUUCAACAGAGACGUUUGCCUGCGGCCAGGGGCUAAGCUCGUUCCAGUCGGCUUCGACGAGGUAGAUCCUGUCAGUGUUUCUGCUGUGUCCAAAUACGAAGAAGCCAUCAUAAGCUCGCGUGAGCGAGGCUGUAAUAUACGAGCCAUUCUGCUCUGCAACCCGCACAAUCCCUUGGGUCGAUGCUAUCCUCGGUCGUUCCUUGUGGAGCUGAUGAAGCUUUGUCAAAAACAUGGCGUUCAUAUGAUCAGCGACGAGAUAUAUGCUUUGUCAGUUUGGAGACAUGGUCAAGACAGGGCAACGCCGAUGGAGGGCUUUACUUCGGUGCUUUCCAUCGACCAUGAUGGGCUGAUCGACCCGAAACUUGUUCAUGUGCUUUGGGGUGUUAGUAAAGUUUUUGGCGCGAAUGGAGUGCGACUAGGUGUGAUUAUUUCCCAAGGUAACGGCGACAUGCUUGAGUCGAUCCGAGGGGUCGGCCAGUUUAGCUCGAUUUCUGGCUUUGCGGACUAUCUGACGACAACCAUUCUCGAAGAUGAAGAGUUCGUGGACCGAUAUAUUAAGGAAAACUACGAGAAGCUUUCUGCAGCUUACAACUAUGUUGUCACAUUCCUGGAUGACCACGGAAUACCCUACGCAAGAGGAUCGAACGCGGGGUUCUUUGUUUGGUGCGAUCUAUUAACAGCUUAUCUGAGAAUCCACCCCGGCAGUCCACCUGAUGAUAGCGACUCUGCAAAAUGGAAUAGAAGUAGGGAACUGGCAGAAAAGUUGACGCAGCACAAAGUGCACCUUGGAGUUGGCGAUGACUUUGGUAGUGAGCAGCCCGGAUGGUUCCGUAUUACCUUUUCGCAACACCGUGUUCAGCUCGAUGAGGGAUUGAAACGCAUUGUUAAAGCCCUUCAUUCUUAAGAGUUUGGACAAGUGAGAGUCACGGCUCUGAAAAACGCCAGCUCUGCUGUUACAGAUAUGCCAUAUAACUUGCAAGCUCUCAGAUUAUCACAUAUGGAUUUGCUCCCUUGAUAUGUCACUAAUCACUCGUCGAGCUACAUGACAACUACGAGAUAACUGUACUGCGCUGAUUUAAAUUACAAUGUCUUUGAUCUUUAUUUGUUAGCCUAAGCCAUUCCAUAAGUUGAUUGAAUCAAUUAUCAGGUUGACUGAAAAUUGACAAAACUUUAAGUUCUGGCUAUGGAGUAAUAGAGCGGAGGGUUAAUCGUGAACUCGUGGGCCCGGAUGUUCAAUAUUAAAUCCCUCCUUAAGCAGAAGUACGAAAGGAGACGCCCCUGUGAUACCACAGUGGCUUAGUCUAG